AGGAGGAGGAGAAAGAGAAGGAGGGGGGGUCAGACGGCAGAGGCAGAGGAAGGAGGGAGGGAAGGGGCGCUGGGCUUGUGUGUGAAAGAGCGAGCGAGGCCGGGAGCGGCUGAAAAGCUUGCGCAAGGGAGGAGGCAGAGAUGUUCAGGGCGCCGCUGCCAGACCGCUGAGGAGGUGGCCCAGGAGGAGCAGCAGCCUCCAUGAGCUCCGAGAUCGGGGCCCCGGUGCCUCGCAGCCCGGCCUUGAUGAACCAGCCGCCGCCGCCGCUGCCUCCCUCCGCCCUGGAGACGUCCAGCACCGGCAGCAGCACCUCUACAACCCCCGGCGGCGGAGGAGGAGGAGGAGGAGGCGGCGGCGGUGGCGGCGGCGCUUCGGCGUCCGCGCCCUCCAAAACCAAGAAGGCCAGCUCGGGACUGCGCCGGCCGGAGAAGCCGCCUUACUCGUACAUCGCGCUGAUCGUCAUGGCCAUCCAGAGCUCGCCUUCCAAGCGGCUGACGCUGAGCGAGAUCUACCAGUUCCUGCAGGCCCGCUUCCCCUUCUUCCGCGGCGCCUACCAAGGCUGGAAGAACUCGGUGCGGCACAACCUCUCCCUCAACGAGUGCUUCAUCAAGCUGCCCAAAGGGCUGGGCCGGCCGGGCAAGGGCCACUACUGGACCAUCGACCCGGCCAGCGAGUUCAUGUUCGAGGAAGGCUCCUUCCGACGACGCCCGCGGGGCUUCCGAAGGAAGUGCCAGGCGCUCAAGCCCACCAUGUACCACCGCAUGGUGAACGGGCUCGGCUUCCUCCCGCAGGGCUUCGACUUCCAGGCGCCGCCGGCCGCGCCCCUGGGCUGCCACCCCGGCGGCUACAACCCCCUGGACGUGAUGCAGGCCGGCGCCGCCUACGACGCCCACCACGUCCCGCACAUGUCGCCUAACCCGGGCUCCACGUACAUGGCCAGCUGCCCGGUCCCGUCCAACGGGCCGGACUACGGGCCGGACAGCAGCAGCAGCCCCGUGCCUUCCUCGCCCGCCAUGGCCAGCGCCAUCGAGUGCCACUCGCCCUACGGCAGCCCUGCCGGACACUGGACGGCCUCGGCCGCCUCGCCCUAUCUCAAGCAGCAGGCCCUGCAGCCGCCGCCGCCGCCGCCCGCCGCCGCCGCCGCCGCCCCGGCCGGCAUCCACUCGGGAAUGGCCUCCUACUCGCUGGAGCAGAGCUACCUGCACCAAAACGGCAGGGAAGACCUCUCAGUGGGCCUGCCUCGGUACCAGCACCACCCCAGCCCAGUGUGCGACCGGAAGGAUUUCGUCCUCAACUUCAACGGCAUCUCGUCCUUCCACCCCUCAGCCAGCAGCUCUUACUACCACCAUCACCACCACCACCACCACCAGACCGUCUGCCAAGACAUCAAGCCCUGUGUGAUGUAAACGCGGACUCCUUAGGCGGAGCGGAAGGAGCCGGCAGCCCGGCCUCACGUGAAGGACGGUGAGAGGCUGCAGAGGCGCUCCAAGAUCCAGCAGGGGCCCGGGAAGGACGCGGAAUUAACCCCACGGCCCCGGCUCCCUAACGCGAGGAAGGCGCGCGCCGCUCCCUGGAAGCCAGCGCAGAGACAAGCCUUUCUCUCUUGCGGACCUCGCGCAGCGCGAUCCUCCCGCAGUCGAAACCAGAGCUUCGUUCCAGCCGGGCCCGUUUGCCUGAUCUUUGCCUGGCCCUUUCAUGUGAAGCCUCGCUCUCAUCCGCGGACUGAUGCCUUGCAGAAGAGCAAAGAGGGAGGGGUGGGGAUCCCCUCGGAGGACCCCUCUGUGCCCUCUCCCAGGGAGGGACCAACCCCAUACAGGAUCGCUGCCUUAUCUUGGACACGUUGACAAUUGCAUUGCACAGGAGGGCGGGCUAUCGUUCCCUUCUGGCUUCCUCCUCCUCGCUGUCAGCUGGAGGGGGGAUGAUGGGCGCCGAAUGUUGAGGCUGCUGUCAGUAGACACCCCCCCCCAGCCCGAAGGAGCUCCGAGGUGCCCCCCCCUCUCUCUAUCCCAAGGAAGGAAAUGCCUGUUUAGGAUCGGGCUGCGCGGACUCCCUGAGCCUUCUUUGGGGCCGCGCAGCUUUCUUCCGCCCCAGGUCUUCCGGAGAAAUUAGGUCACGAUUCCCAUCGUCUUUAUUUGAUAAGAUGAUGGGAGCUGUAGGUCAGUCCUCCCGAGAGGACUCCGGGGAUGAAGGAGGACGGCUGGUGCGCUGAUUCCCGCGGCCGCAUAACAAGGCUGCCCUGUUCUUUUGCAAGCCCGCCUUUUCAAAAGACGAAGCGCAUCGUGGGUUUUUUUUUUUUUUUUUUUGGUUUCGUUUAAUUUUAUAGGUAGGAAAUCGGGUAGGCAACCUUGGCUCUUUUAUGACUCGUGGACUUCAACUCCCAGAAUUCCUGAGCCGGCAUGGCU